AUGGGGGCGCAGCAGCCCCUGCUGGCUGCUGUGUUUUCCCUCUUGGCCCAUAUCUUUGCCGGGGAUGCCCGGAACCCCUUCCGGGCAUAUUUCCUUCAGGAUAUGCAUUGUUGUGUUGGUCAUUUGUCUGGAUAUGCAUUGUCUUCCUAUGCAUGCAAUGUGUUCUUGAAGUUGCAGAAGAAGAGCUUCACUGUCAUGCAUUGUUGGUUGAAGUUGAAUGGACAACCCAAGUGGAAUAUAUUCAUUGCCAAGAUCAUCGCCCGUGGCGCCGAGGAAGAAAUCGAUGAUCCAACAGACCCAACAAAAGAACUGCACAAGAAGGUUAGAAGAGGGUUCCAAAGAAAGAAGUGGGAGAAGAAGGCAAAGCGAGAAGGGGCGGCGGCCAAGAUGAGGAGAGAUUCGAGGACAUGUUGGCGAAGGAGGCAUACUUCAAGUGCUCUAACGUCAAGAAGAAAACAAGUAGGAUACAAAAUGACUAGUCGAGGAGCCCGGCGAUCCAGGGGGGUUGGAUGGCCAGAGGGGGUUGGAACGCCCCUGCCGUCGUCGACGGGCCCCCCAGCGGCCAGCGCCAGUGGGACGGGACGGGACGAAUGCACGCUCUCUCUAGCCGCCAGCGGAGUGACGGAGGAUAUCGAGGCGGCCGGCAACAACAAUGGGCAAGGUCCGCCCAACAGGCCAGCAAGCCAUGAAUCCAGCAUCAAGGUUGAUUUCGAGUUCUUGUGGAGGUUGCGGAAGUAUCUGCUACUUCUGGCGGUGUUGGCCGUUGGUGUCACUUACAAUGCUGGGUUGAGCCCGCCGGGGGGAUUUCAGAUGGACAGACUUGACCGCCAUGCCGGUGAUCCUCUCCUCCCGCUUAGAUUCUUCCAGCGAUACCAAGCCUUCUUUUACUGCAACGCCACAGCCUUUGCUGCUUCUCUGGUCUUGAUCAUCUUGCUCCUGAGUAGGGGAGUGGCGAGCAAGCAUGUCUGGCUUCGCUCGAUGCAGUUUACCAUGAUACUGGAUCUUUUCAGUCUCAUGGGGGCAUAUGCCGCGGGGAGUUGCAGAGCACUAAGGUCUUCCGUUUACAUAUUGGUGCUGGUCUGUUCUGUUUUCGUCUAUGUUGUGGUUCAUAUCCUGUUGCUUAUGAGGGCAGUUCCACAGCCGUUAAAAGAUCAGGUGCAGAAAACCCAGGAUCUCAUUCUGAAGAAGCUGAAACGCAUGCUAAAAAAGGUGCCAUCUAUUUGCCCUGUCUCUGAUCCUGACAGGCAAAGGAGCAACCGAGAUUACGCAAGGGAGAUCGAGGAGGCUCGCAAGUUCAUAUUGAUGCUUGCAACUUUUGCUGCUACUAUCACAUACCAAGCUGGGAUAAGUCCACCUGGUGGCUUUUGGGGUGCAAAUAAUCCUGAACACCGUGCAGCCACUUUUGUUCUCCGCAAGCACAACCUCCUCCGCUUCAAUAUCUUCACGUGUUGCAAUGCGACCUCUUUUGUGGCGUCUUUGGUCACAGUCAUACUGCUUCUGAGCACGGAACUGAGCACGCAUGGGAUAAGGACUCAAGCGCUGUCUGUGUGCGUCGUGGCUGUUCUGCUGGGGCUCAUUGGUGCUUAUGCUUCAGGGAGCUGCAGGGAUGUUGCAACAUCGUUGUCAGUGAUACUCAUAAUUGCUGUGGUUCUAAUCUGUGUUCUGAUUCUUGUUAUUUGCCUUCAUUGCAAAGCUGUAACGGUGUGGGUGGAUGAGGAGCUGAAGCCAGCACUUGGCAAAAUGCUGAGGAUGCUGUCAUUGGGGCAAGAUGAUUCUCCAAGAGCUCACCAGCAAUGUACAGAUUGUCAGAGAAGGCACCAUCAAGAUACAGAGCUUGUUUCUCAGAGAAAUCACCAGCAAGAUACAGAUCUUGAUUCUCAGAGGAUUCACCAUCAAGAUACAGAGCUUGUUUCUCAGAGAAAUCACCAGCAAGAUACAGAUCUUGAUUCUCGGAGGAUUCACCAACAAGAUACAGAGCUUGACUCUCAGAGAAGUCAGCAGCAAGAUACAGCACUUGACUCUCAGAGGGUUCGCCAGCAAGAUACAGAGCUUGAUUCUCCGACAACUCACCAGCAAGCUACAGAGCAUGUAGUUCGAGAUACAGAAGUAGAAGGUGUCAUGUCGAAUUUGCAGUGCUACUCUGCUGACAGCGAUCUUGUAUCAACUGGAGAUAUGAGAUCUGUAUCAGCCAGUGAUUUGGAUAGCAUGGAGGACAUCAUGCCAACAACACUACAUCAAUCUCAUGAUCAGAGUGAACAUGCUGCAAUUAGAGUUGUAUGCUCAUCAUCAACAGAUGCCCUAACUACCGAGGAAGUUCCAUCGGACAACUUGGAAAUACAACCUGCUGGCAGUCAGCAGGUUGCAAUCCCCAUGGCACUAUCAUCAAGUGACGGUGGAAAUUCUAUCCAAGGUAUUUUACCGUUGCAGGGCUCGGUGGACGAAAAUGCAACAUCUGGUAACCUGAGGAUGGAUGCUGAUGAUCCGGCAAUGGGAUGUGAAUUACCCGACAGCCAUGGGGACAGCACAGAACAGCAUGGUCAGCAAAUGUCCAAUAACCCUACUAGUGCAGAUGAUCGUGAUGUUAGAUUAGAGAUCGACAACACUGCCAAUGAUCAAGCCCCACAGCAUCAGAGAUGUAUUAAAUGCAGCUGUAGAAAUCCAGAUGAUGCUUUUCUGAAGAAGUCACGCACUUACCUAUUGCUUCUUGCAAUUCUUGCCGUGUCUUUGACAUAUCAAGCUGGUUUAAAUCCACCAGGUGGCUUCUGGACAUCAAAUGCCACAAAGCACUCUGCUGGCGAUCCCAUUCUUGGGGACAGUGGUCGUGUCUGGACAUCAGGUGGCACUAAGCACUCUGCUGGUGAUCCCAUUCUUGAGGACAGUUAUCAUAAGAGAUACCUUGCCUUCUUUUAUUUCAAUGCCACUGCAUUUGCAGCCUCCCUUGUCAUGAUCCUUAUGCUCCUGAGCAGGAAGAUGAGCAACAAGGUUAUAAAACGCCGGGCACUGCAGACAGCAAUGAUAACCGAUUUGCUUGCUCUAAUGGGGGCCUUUGUUGUUGGGAGUUGCAGGGAGAAGACAAAAUCUAUUUACAUAUCAGUGUCGAUAUUUAUCGUGGUUGCAUAUGUCCUUCUCCAUGUUUUAGUGUUUAGGCAUAAUGGAUGGUUGAAAGUGUGUGUUACCCAGAGGAUGAAGUUUGCACCACCUCAGACAGAUAAUGAGUCAAGAGAUGCUAAGGAGAAGGACUUGGCGCGGAGGCGGAAUUUGCUCUUUAUUCUUGCAAUUCUGGCGGCAACUGUCACGUACCAAGCUGGCCUGAACCCGCCAGGAGGCAUUUGGCCUGAUGAGAACAGUAAGGGUGGCAAACCAGGCAAUCCAGUUCUUCAAGACAGCCACCCAGAGCGCUAUGAUGUUUUCUACUACUCCAAUGCUGUCUCAUUUGCGUCAUCUGUGGCUGUCAUCAUUCUUCUUGUUAAUAGGGAAUCAUGUGAGGAUGGAAUCAAGUCGUACGCAAUCCGUGCGUGCUUGGUAGCGGGUUUGCUGGGCCUCCUGAUUGCCUAUUCUGCAGGAACCUGCAGCAAAGCGAGACCGGUAAUAUAUCUUAUUGUCAUAGCCUCUGCAGCUCUAACAUGCCUUGUGAUUCAAGUACUUGUACUACAAGAUGCAUUAGAUGGGCCACUGACCAGGUUAAGGGGUCGGUUGCGGAAGAUUCUUCAUCUAGAGCCUGACUCUGAGACACCGCUGGAAAGUUCAGAUGAAGAAAACACGGAAAGAAAUGCUCAGGGGUCAGGCACCCUUAUUAGUGAGAAGAGGGAAAAGAAGAGACAGAAGUACUUGAUGCUUCUUUCGGUUCUUGCUGCAUCCAUUGCGUACCAAGCUGGUCUAAACCCGCCUGGUGGCUUCUGGCCUGAUGACACUCCCAAAAAUGGUUACAAGGCUGGCAACCCGGUACUUAAGGACAUAAACUCCUGGCGCUACAUGGUAUUCUAUGUCUUCAAUUCCAUCUCUUUCAUGUCAUCUAUUUCUGUAGUCAUGCUUCUGCUGAGUAAAUCUGUGAGACAGAAGAAGGUUCCGCUCCAAGCAUUGCACUUCAUCAUGAUACUGGACCUGUCGGCUCUGAUGACAGCUUAUGCAGCUGGAAGUUGCAGAAAGUUCAGGACUUCAAUAUUCAUCCUCGUGCCUGCUGAGACAGAAAAAGUUGAGGGGUGUUCUGUCUCCAAUCUGGGUUCACAAGAGGGACGAUUUUCAAGUAGGAGUAAAAUUUCGUGGUGGUACGUGCUCGAAGCUUCGACGAUUGGCUGCCCUCGGAUCUCGAUGGUCGAAGGCGCGAUGCAUAGUACUCCACUCAAGCUCAUUGUUUGCAUAUUGUGGGUGGCCUUAGAAUGA